AUGGUGGAAACGGCGCUGCUGGUGCCCGAACUGGUACUGCCCCAAUCGUGGAACGCGGAAGGCGGCUCGAUAUCAAAUUUGAAGGAUGAAGGUCAAGGACCCUGUGAGGCAUGUGGAUGGGAUGGCACACCUAACCAGCUAUGCGAGGGAUUCGUAAAUGGCACCGAGCUCCCUCCUAUUAGUGACAGAGGCAGCCGCGAAACUUCCCAGUGCAUUUCAUGCCAGAUCGCCCUGCUCGGCUGCGAGGAGCGCUCUCACAGUGAAGGACAAGCCACCUAG